UUCUAUUCAAUUACUGUCAAAAGUUCGAAAAAUUGAGUUGACAUGAUUUUUGUUGCCCUAGAAGUACUAAUACGGGAGUAAUUGUACCAGAGAAUCGGCUAGAAAUCACCGCCACCAAUUGCUGGUGUCAUAUAUUCUCAUCCCUAGGUAUCUGACUACCUACCUAGGUAGGUAGCUGGGUACUUGCAGGUGUACUUCGUACUUGCCCAUAACCCGAGCUAAGCUCUCCACCGGAUAUCCACGAACCUUCACAACCUUCCACAAUCCACCCAUUCCCAUUCCCAUUCUCAUUCUCAUUUUUGGGGCGUGCAAUACAUUUAGAACAUUGAGAAAGGCUUAGGGUUGAUAAAAGUCCACGACUCAAUCUCCCGACGGGGCUGCAGGUGUUGCUACGCCAUCAAGACUCGAGCUGUGUCAAAAGUUCCUGAUCUCCCAAAAACCCACAUUCUCAAGCGGGGAGCGGUGCGUUGCGGUGCGGUGCCGGCGUAGGUACUUUACACCACCGCGAAAACGAAAGCGAAAACGCGUCGUCCGGUCACCACCCACCACCAAUCUCGCUGUCGACCAGCCAGACUUGCACCGGAUCUGCAAUCAUGGACGGGAGAAAGAGGACACUUCCCUCGCGCGGAACCAGAGCGGAGCCGGCCAGCAAGAAACGAGCGGCAUCCGCAUCGACAUCCAAUACCCCAGAACAGCGACAAACUCCAACACCAGUCGUAGCAGCUCCCUCGCCCGUCGUGGAAGAGAAGGAGACUCUGCCCAAGUCUAUCGCACCCGGCCAACCAUUACCCACCGUCGACGAGCCACAGCCGAAUAACCUGUCUUCGAAGGACUUCCAGUCCGUCUCCGAGAGGUAAGCUCUCGCUCGAGCACUAUCUCCAACUGCUGGAGUCUUGUAUACGUGAAUUGCACACUGACUCGAUAUUGGUGACAGCGGCGUUCUAUUAGACUCCCUCCAACGAUCACGGCAGAAAUGGAUCACCGAAGGCAUAUUCGAGAAAUACUGGACCAAGACUCUAAAGAAGAAAGGAUGGGAAGAACCUCCAAACAAUCCCUCCAAGGACACAAUGACCAAGUUGGGACCAUGUACGAUAGUGGUAGAACCACACGCUUUCGAGGCCAUCAUGUAUACGGUGAAGGAUCCAAAUCAACCAGUGUUCAUAAAAGAUACUCCUAUGGCUCGUCCGCCAGUGAUUCAAUAUGGGCCUCCAAAUGGCAUGAUGCCUCCUCCAGCGCCUACCCCUCCUCCACAACAAAGCCAAUUCCAUAUACCACAACCAUCCGUGAAACCCUCGACUAGUGGUGCAGAGACAUUCAAGACUACGAUGGGCCCCGCCCCUACGCCAAACAGCUUGCAACCUUCCCCGCAUCCAAAUGUGCAAUCACGACCUCCCCAAAAUGGACAAGCGACUCCCAGGCAACCACAGAACCCCCCAAAUACUGAAGCUGGGCCUGACAUGACGGAAGCAAAGAAAGACCCCGUCAUACAAAUGCUGGCAGAAAGAGCCUCGAGUAAUCCCGAAUUAAAAGCACUCAUGAAAAUUGUCGCACAAGGAAAUGCAUCACCAGAAGAGCUACAAAAAUUCCAAAGUCACAUCAAUGAUCUAACACGAUUACAAAAAGCUCGACAAGCUGCUGCAGUACCACAUCCAACCACGAUGCAAUCGCCAGCACCUUCAGGACCGGCAACCCCUCAAGGCAACCAGAUAUCUCGACCAAGCCCUGCAUCAACCGUCCGUGCAAUGCCCACCCCACCACCACCAAAACCUGUCCCGCAGCCUCAAGCCCUACGCUCAAAGGGCCCGGUACCACCAGCGAAAGGAGAUGCUACGGGUAUAGUUUUUGAAUUUGUCGGUGGAAACGGUGACCGUUAUCUCUUUCCCAAAUUUAGUAUUCUAGAACCUAGGGCCCCGGAUCCUUACACGCGAGAAUCUCUAGUCAUCGUUUCCUUUCUCAUCGCACGUAAAGGGAGUAGUAGUGAUUCUCCGACCUACGAUCCAAACCUGGAUUACUACCAACCAAUUACCAUUCGUCUUUACGCGGCGGCAAAGUGCAUAGAAACGCUGCAAAGGGUUGUUGCGCCACCUGAGGAGGUUAGGAGGUAUAUGGAGGAUGUUAUGGAGAAUAUGACGAGGGCGGAGUAUGUCCUUCUUGCUAUGCGGUUACCAAGGGAUAAAGGGGAACCAGCUUCCACGGCGACGCAGGAUAAGGAAAAGACUGAGGUCGUGCAAGCGGAAAAGGCCGUCAACACGGAAGAGCAAGUCCUUUGGGCUACGACGAAUAGUACACCACCGGUGACAAAAGCCAUCAGCAAGACCAAGAGUCCUGUUGCGACACAGCAGGAUAAGUAUCAGUGUUUUAUCAAUACCAUUGCUUCGACGAGUUGAGUUCGCCAUUGGGUGCGGGUUUGGAGGGGGCGGUUGUUUGGGAGCCAUACGAAGCUGUUGGGAAAGAUGUUAGCAUUGGUUUAAUUUUUCAUUUUCAAUUUUUCUCUUUUUCACUUCGUUUCCACUCUUUCUUCCUUUUUCGAUGGGUCUGAGGAAGUUUUUUGGGGGUUUGUGUGUGGGUUUUAGGAAUGAUGGGAAGGUUGGAAGAAUGGGUUUUUGUUAUGGAGUCAUCUGGGGGAUUCAGGAUCAGGCCUUCGAGCCGAGGAUUGAUGGGUAUUUGAUUUGAUUUGGGAUGUUCU